AUGGCAGGACGAGUCACCUUCUGGCCUCUGGCUCGGGUCGGUUGGCCCGAGCACUGCCAAGCCUCAUCAUCAACCACCAAACAUAUCGCAAUGGCCUCGGUAUUCCUACGAUCCCACCCCAGAUGGAGCUUGCAUUCGGUCCCUCUAGGUGCCUCAAAUCGCUUGGUGAUCGUUGGCCAACUCCGUUUUUCUUCCAAGUCUAGCCUCGCAGACGAGGCCACGGUAAAACAGCCGAAACCAUCAUCAAAGCUGAGUAGCACCCCCAAGGCUAAAAAUAAGCCAGCAACCAAAACACGACCCCAGAAACUAGUCCCCCCCAAGAGAGCAAUGAACGUCAUGCAAUUAGUCACACAAGAUGUGAUGGCCGAACUCAAACAACAAAAUGGCAAAUUAACUAAGGAAGAUGCCAAACAGUGUUUCACGAUAGCUGCUGAAAAAUACAGAUCGUUGAGCGACGCUGAUAAGAAGAAUUAUCUCGCUGAGUUAGACCGACGACGCGAGAUCUAUGAAAUUGAAAUGCGUGACUUCCUCGACUCUUUGACGCCCAAUGAUUACAUCAACCAGAACGAGUACAUACGUCGGCGGAAGGCCCAGGGACGCUCGACGGGCAGAAAAGGUAUCCCGAAGUUGGACCCCAACGCGCCUAAACGGCCAUUGAAUGGGUUCAUGAUCUUCUGUGGAGAGUUGCGAGCGAAUCCGUCGAAGUUUCCGGACCUUUCUGAGCAGAUUCGCUCAUCGGAAAAGGAUUCGAAUUCCAGCGCCGUCGAAGGAUCGAGAAUCUUGGCAAAUUACUGGAAAUCUAUGCCAGACGAGGUUAAACAAGAAUAUGUCAUCGAAGGGCAGAGAAGGAGCGAUCUGUACAAGCAAGAAAAAGCGCAGUACGAUGCACAGCUCAAAUCGACCUCCCAGUAGAUUCGAUUGUCCAUCGAUCUGCAUCUUUGUCGAAGGAGUAGCCCCGGUGUUAGAGGAAUCAAAUUGCACUUUGUCAAAGCAUCAGAUCUGGUGAUUGGAAUCUCAGCUACCUACAUGAGCUUACUUGAACCGCCGAUCUGCAGACCUAUCGUUCUUGCCAGAAGAUUCAGCCGAAGGUAGAGUUGAUGUUUGUUCUUCAAAUUGAAAGGGGCUAUUCUCAACCAUAUCGGAAGUUUUCUGGCUUGUUAUCUAGUGGUAGUCAUCGCCGCAAAAUUUAUAAAUGUCAUAUACCCAUAGCAUAACCAUAUCUGCUACCAGUUUGUAUUUGUUACGUGUCUUGAAAAAAUCAAGACAAACCUCAUUCAAAUUGCACACUCUUGAUUACAUAGAGACAAAGGGAA